CUUUGGUUCCAUAAAGGCCUUACGGAACCUUUUCUGAGGCUGUUAAGAUUGAUUUUUAAAAUAACCCCUUAGAUGCAACACAGAGUGACAUGUGUAAACUGUUUCCAUGAUGUCGCACCUACCUUUGUGUGGCAAGAGGAUUAAUCAAACAAUAAAAUGUUGCUUCUUCUUCUCUUUCUUGUUCCCAACGUUUACAGUUUAUCUGUUCUAUGGAUUGGAAAUUCUUACACUUAUGUGAACGAUGUUCCUUUAACAGUAAGUAAAUUAGCUGCAGCUGAAAACCUGGAUUUUGAAUAUGAUUCUCAUACUGAGGGGGGCUGGACUUGGGAGAUGCAUUCACAAUCACAGGAAACAUUGGAUAAAAUAAAACUGAAACAAUGGGACGUUGUCGUGCUCCAGGAGUUCAGUUUGCGACCAGCUUAUGACGAAGACAGGAUUUGUAGGAAUAGUGUUGAAUACCUGAAAGUGUUGGUGGAGAGAAUUCGAGAGAACAACCCUCAAACUAUUAUUCAGUUUUACGUCACCUGGGGGCGACCUUAUGGUUUUCAGAAGGAUUGCCCAAGCUAUCCCCAAAUGUGCACUUAUGACAGUAUGCAAGAUGUUCUUACACAAUCGUACACAACCUUUGCAUCAGGUAUGAAUAAGCCAUCUAGAGCCAGUCCUGUCGGAGAAGCUUUCAGGGCAGUCCAGGAAAUUCUAGGAGAUGAUGAGUUCUUCUCGUUAUACAAUACUAAUGGAGUAUCUGAUCAUCAUGCAUCUGCCAAAGGUUCUUAUCUCUCUGCAUUGGUUCAUUUUGGUUCCAUGUUCCAGCGGAGUAUAGUUGGGAUCCCUGAACCUGCAGGGUUGGAUCAAAUCACUGCGGAAAAACUCCAGUUUAUUGGACAGAAUGUGCUUGACUCCAGGUCCUGGGAAUAUCCUAUGGAAGACGACUGUUCAGCCUGUAUCUGUGAUUGUCAAGAAUAAUAUGUUUUCCUUUCUUAAAUUUAAAAAUAGAUGGUGCAAGGCAUA